AUGAGCAACCUGCUCACAAAUCAGCCUGGAGCUGAAGUCUUGAGUAAUCAGGUGCACAGCGCUGUGCUCUAGGACCAUAGGGAAGAGAAUGUCAGUGGGACACUGGGGUGCACAAGGGUCUGUACAGCCCUGCUGCAUGGCCAGGUCUGCCCCUUCCAGGACAGCACUGAUGGCUUGGGCAACACCACCUCCAUUUUGUUCACCUGGCCCCUUGAAAACACUUCAGUUUGCUAUCAGCCCCCACAACGGUCAUCUUUCCGGAUAAAGCUGGCCUUCAGGAACUUCGCCUGGCCUGAACUGGGCAUGGAGGACCAUCAGGAACUUGUCCUAGGCCAGUUGGUGCUUCCGGAGCCCAACGAGGCCAAGCCAGAUGAUCCUGCUCCACCUCCUGGGCAACACGCAUUAACAAUGCCAGCCCUGGAGCCAGCACCACCACUGCUGGCGGACCUGGGGCCUGCUCUGGAGCCAGAGUCACCUGCAGCCCUGGGUGCACCAGGAUAUCUACAUUCAGCACCAGGACCAGCACCAGCACCAGCAGCAGGGGAAGGGCCCCCUCCAGGGACACCGCUGGAGCCACAGUCAACCCCAGAGUCCCCCUGUCCCUGUCCUGUAAAGAACCAACCCCAUGAGGAGCUGCCUGACAUCACGACCUUCCCUCCCAGGCUGCUGGCAGAGCAGCUGACCCUCAUGGAUAUGGAGCUGUUCAAGAAGGUGGUGCUCUACGAAUGCCUUGGCUGCAUCUGGGGCCAACAACAGAAGAAGCAGAAUGAGCAGGUGGCACCCAUAGUUAGUGCCACCAUCGCACACUUCAACAGGCUCACCAACUGUGUCACCACCUCCUGCCUCGGGGACCACAGCAUGAGGGCCUGCAACAGGGCCAGGGUGGUGGAGCACUGGAUCAAGGUGGCUAGGGAGUGCCUAAGCCUCAACAACUUCUCCUCAGUGCACGCCAUCGUCUCUGCUCUGUGCAGCGACCCAAUACAUCAGCUACACAAGACAUGAGCAGCAGUGACCAGCAAAAGCACAAAAUAUCUAAAAGAACUCUGUGAAAAAGACACUGCAGUGAAGAGGGACCUGCUGAUCAAGGCGGGGAGGUUUAAGGUGGCCACCCAGGAGAGGAACCCCCAGAGAGCCCAGAUGAGGCUGCGGAGGCAGAAGAGUGAGGCUUCAGCGUGCAGAGGCCGCAGGGGAUCAGAGGACAGGGCUCCCUUCCCCGCCAGCUGCAGGCUCCAUGUCAAGAUCACAGAGACUUCCUCCCCAGCCCUGUCCUCCUGUGGACACUGGCUCUGGAAAACCUCCUAUUUGAGAGACCAGAGCAAGGGUAUGGGAAAACUGGACUCAGAGUGGAUGGCGUGGUCCCCUUCCAGGGGGGAUUUUCUGACUGUGUUACAGAGGUUGGAUUUGGCCAUCCCGGACGAUCUGGAUGGCAACACCAACAAGAGGAGGAAGGAGGUCCGUGUUCUGCAGGAAAUGCAGCUGCUCCAAGUGGCUGCCAUGAAUUACAGGCUUCGGCCUCUUGAGAAAUUUGUCACCUAUUUCCCAAGGAUGGAGCAGCUCAGUGACAAGGAGAGCUACAAGCUGUCCUGCCAGCUGGAGCCUGAAUCCCAGUAGGCUGGCACCAUCCUGCAGUGGCUGGGACCCCACCAGGAUGCUGGCCAGAACACCGGUUCUGCAACAUCCUUCACCCAGACCGGGGACACCAGGGAACCACAUCUAGGUGGCUGGCAGCUCAGCUGCAUCUGGACCCUGCUCCUCAACACCAGCUGCUCCUGCUGGCCAGGAUCAGUCCAUGGGACUUUUGUGAGUCAGGCGGGAGACCAUUUUAUGUUUAUAUUGUUUAGUGUAUAAGUAACGGCUUUUUCUUAACUUUCUUUAAAAUAAAAUUUUAAAA